GCACUGAAGACCGAAGCCGAGUGACCGAUGAGUUAAGACUAUACUUCACAGGAUCAUUUCUGUAGUUUGUCUUCAUUAACGGUAGUCCAAAUUGGAUGACCAAUCAGCCACGAUGAUGAGGCACAGCACCUUGUCCGGAGCGUGAAAAGGGCCCGCGAGAUGCACUCCGGUGCAACUCCCGGGCCGUUGAAGAUCGUCAGCCUCGGGCUUCCGAGGUGGUGGUCAAGGUGCAAGCUGAGUGGUAUUUUUAAAACUUUUUCAUACACAGCAAAAAAACAUAGGAGACGAAUCUUCACUGACUUGAGCGCUAUUCUUGGCUUUGACUGCCUUUUUUCUUCAGCCAUAGAGAAGAAAGCAUUCGAGAAUGCGGGAAUUUUUUGCGCUUUUGUUUUCUGCUUAACCCUCACCAAGGCAUUUGUUAUUUUCUAUGUAUCAAACCAGGGGAUUCUCUUAGAAUACUUGCUAAAGAAUUAAGUAAAGAUCUUCUAUAGCUUCUCUGUCAACAAGCUGAGGCAUUUUCAUGAAUUAUUUUACUUAGAAAAAUCAAUUUUAUUGUUUUUCGAGAUUAUAUGGUUGAUUUAAAAAAGAUUCUGGUAUUUAUAAUAUUUAUAAAGCCCUCAAAAUGGUAAAAUUUGUUUUUAAACUGGAAAUAUUUCUAUUUUCCUUGGCAUCAGGAAAAUUGAGCAUUUGCAUUUGUGUUCAAAUUGCCCGCAAAAUAAAAAUCGCGCUUCGAAUUGAUAAAGUCGAUAUAUCGAAUAUCAAUUCACAUAACCUCAUUUUUGGUGCAUUUUCACACGGUUUUUACAGUCAAUAAAUUUUCUUGCAAAUAUGCUAAAAUUAAGUAGAAUAGUCACGUGUAUAGAAACCUCCGGAAUGCCAUGGAAUUGUGGCCAACGAGUGGGUCUGAGAAACUUCCCCGCUCCCAUUAAAUUUGAUCCCAUUGAACCUGUGGACAGACCAAAGUUGAAAAUGAUGGAUCGAGCGCCCUUAUAUCUUGGCGGCAUGCGACCGCCGAAGAUGCAGAAGCGCCUGAAACUGAUGCGAGGCCCCGAGUUGGUACACAAUAAGCUCAUCCACCAGCAGUACGGAAUCAUAGCGCUGGGCGGUGGACGACUCAAGUGGAAUCACUUCGAGAUGAUGAGGUUCGGCAUUGGACGGCAGCUCGACGUGAGUCGGAUGUUCGCCAUUUGGCGCGUGGACGCGCCGUGGCAGCCGGUGACGAAGAAGGGCCAGGGACAGCGCAUGGGCGGCGGCAAGGGUCCCAUUGACCACUACGUGAGUCCCAUCAAGGAGGGGCGUGUGAUUGUCGAGCUGGGCGGCCACCUUGAGUUCCCGGAGGCGUACAAAAUCCUGCAAUUGGUGGCGCACAAGCUGCCCUUCAAGGCUCUCGUGGUGUCGCAGGAGAUCCUGGAGAAGCGCGAGGCGAAGGAGCGCGAGCGGGAAGCCGCCAAUGUCAAUCCAUACACGAUGAAGUACGUGAUUCAGAACAACUUCGGCGGCUGCCACAAUUGGCUGUCGCCCUUUGACCACAAGUGGUUCGGCAGGUACAGAUAG